GCUUGGACUCGAGAAUAGGGAAGGAAUUUAAUGAAACACAACCUUGCUGAUGUGUGUGCAGUGUUCAUGCAAGUAAUUACUAAUUGCAAGAUGUCUCUGUGUUCGCUGGAAGAUUUAAUAAACACCUCUUAGUAGGUACUUGAUUGCCACAUGACAUGACUCAAGGCAGGUGCUUAACAUACUUGGAAUAUACAACAAGCCAUUCUUAUGCGCUUAGUUUAGACUUUGUGACCGCCAACAGAUAGAAAGACAAUAUUUGUCUUUGAUCUUCCGUUAACGCAAUUCAUGGUUGGUGGUCUUAUAAUGCCAGUUGCUUUUUCAAAAAAGCAAUUUUGAAUAUAAAAUAAGUUUUAGCAUGCUGUUCAUUUUGUAAGAUAUUUAAAUAAUCUAUCGAAAUCAAUUAAUCACGCAAAAUGAAUGCGACAGUUCCAAAAUUUCAAUACAAUCCAUUAAGAGUUCAAUAAAACUUAGAUAAACAAGAGGACAUUAGCAACAGGAGGAGAUUAAUGCUUCGCAUCUCGGUCGUGACAAUUAAAUCACUUGAGAUGUCUAACAAUUCGAGCCCACACAGGCCACACGUUGCAUGUCUCUUACAUAGACAAGACGGUUCGGCUCUCCGUUUCACUGGAAAUGGUUUAAUUUUAGAAUUUCCGUUCAGCCCUACUUGGACAUAAUGCGCUCACAGAGUUUAGUAGUGGAUUUUGACAUGUGGUAGCUAGUCGCUAAUUUGUUUUAUUUUUCCGAUUCAGUGGCAUUUUAUUUGUUGGUGACUAAUGUGAGGUUGUGGAUUUUUAUUGUGUUUAUGUUUUCAUUGCUUCUAACCGAUCAAGGCUGCUUUACAAGUGAACGCGCGUGACAUAGUCUGGAGUGCCGCGUAUAAUAUCACACGUAUUUUCCUCAAAGGCGAGAACAAAGAAGUCCUUUCGCGAAUAAAAUUCGACACUUUACAACUAGCGACGCACCAGCCUGUUGAUCUAACACGUGUCCCGUCGGUGCAUACGUGAAAACGAGAGGAUGCGAGCGUUCGACGCGCGCGUGCAAUAAAAAUCGAAUGCAAAAAUGAUUAAAAGGAACGGUGAUAAUGUAUUUGCGAUCGCGUCGAGCAACAAUCAGUGUCAAGGCGGUCGGAGCGCCGUCUCGCUCUGUCCCGGCGGCGGCGCGGCCACGAGGAUCCCGCGCGCCACUGCCGCCAGGAUGACGCCGCCCGACGCGCAACAACACACCAAGGAGGCUAACAUCGCGAUCUCCACAUACGUGGAAAAGUGGAAAAAUAGAUACGAAGAUGCCGAGCGAAAACACAAAACUUAUUUACUUAAAUCCGAAAAAGCUAAACGCGAGUACGAUGACCUCCAACGCCGCUACAACAUACUGUUCGAGGAGCGACAACUGCUGGACUCCGAGCUGCGCGAGCGCACGAGAGAGCUCAACAAGCUCAAGACUGUGUCGGAGAAGCUCUUCAAUGAGUACCAGCAGCUUAAGAACCAGAGGGAUGUGGAUGCUGGAGUUAUGCAUAAGGUGAUGCAGCAAGCCGGCGAGUGGUACAAGCAGAACAAGCAGCUGAAGCGUCGCAGCACGGCGCUCAUACAGGCGCUGCCCGCUAAGGCCGUCGAGAUCGACCUCACCGACUCGCUGGAUACUGCAUCAGAUGCAAGCAGCAAUGAAGAGGUGGAAUUCCUGAAGCAGACAGUAUCGGAGCUGAGCCGUCAGGUGGCAGCACUGCAGACGGAACUGGCUGCCGCCAGGUUGCAGGAGUUCGAGGCGCAGGAGGCCAAUGUGGCCACUGCACAGGAGUUAGAAGCCGAAAAAGAGAAGUCUUUAGCUCAAGAGAAGGAGCUACAAGAACUCCGCACACAGCUGGAGAGACACAACCGCGUCUCCAAGCUGCUGAUGGAGGAAGUCACCGGCUUGAAGAACAAUGCUGACAAGGACCGGGAGAUGGCUGAGACUUACAAGACCGAAGCUCGUGCAGCCAAGAAGCGCGUGAAGCUGCUGACCCACCAGAGUGCCCUACUCCUGGGCGAGCUGGACCCCGACCAGCGCCUGCUGCGCCUCAUGGACGAGCUGGACUGCCUCAAGGACGCCCUGGAGGACCAGGACAACAGGCAUCGCGACCAGAUACAGGACCUGCAGUUAAAACUAGCAGAAAAACACGAAGACACGGACAUCCUUCUGUGGGAAGAGAAGAUAAAAUUAGCAGAAGAAGAUGCACAGAAGGCGAUAGAACGAGCAGAGAAGGCCGAGAGGAGACUACAAGACAUGGAGAGAAGAAUGCAAGAGAUGGAGAGAAGUCCUAAAGUACCCCCCAAGAGGUCUGCUCUUAUGAAUAGAAUCAGUUUCUUUGAGGCAGGCGGUGAGAAGAAGGAAGUUAAAGAAGUUGUUGAGACUUCUGCAACCACACCAGAAGACAUACCACCAUCCGAACCUCAAUCAGCCCCUUCUCCCGACCCCUGUCUUCCUCCGCCCCCAGCAGCACCAGCGCCCCCACCCCCCCCCCCAAUGCCGACGUGCAUACUAUCACCCCCACCCCCGCCCCCGCCGCCGCCGCCGCCCCCGCCGCAGAGCGUCGCGUUUCAAGGCAACGCGAAUGAUUUAGCUAACAUGUUACACAGUAAAGUAGGCACGUUGAAGAAGAGUAAGCAGAAUGGGGCUGAGUGUGGCGGCGCAAUAGACGCGAUAGUAGACCAGAUCAAAGGCGGCAAGUUCCAGUUAAAGUCUACCGAGCACAAGGUCUCGGAGAAGAAGGUCCAAGAGGAACAGCCCGAGGCCGUCAAGGAGAUGCUCGCCAUACUCGGCACCCUGCGCAAGCGCAGGACUUCCACACGACCAGGGUUCAGUGACCUCUGAUGACUCUACAUAGAUAAAACUACUUUUACGGAUUUUAUCGCGGUUAUAUUAAUUUGUAUGUCUCUACCAGACCACGGGACUACAGAGUCCCGGAUAUUUGGGAGGUGAACGUCAACGCACUGAAGCACUUUUGAGACAACUUUAAUGAAAUGGUGCCACAAAACCGACGAUUAUCCCUGUAUACACUAUAGAAAUGUACCCAAGGACAAUCACCGGUUCUGUGCUAAAAUAUUGCUA